AUGAGCCGCAUUGCGCUGUUGACGAAGAAAAAACGACAGCUCUUUGAACAAGCGAAGAAUUCGCGACGAUCCCAACAAGAACAAAUUGAGCGCAAACGCUAUAGAGACGACCGUCGAAGCAUCGUUACCAUUGUUUGUGUAGACGUGAGCGCGGGACGCGUCGCUGUUAUAAGGGGGGGUUCUGGAGAGCGCGCGAUCAGUGUGCCCGAGUGUCCCGUGUUGCGUGUGCGCACUCCAGCGAGUGAUCCCGCAAUAGCUAGAAGAAACGUACCCGAAUCUAUCAACAUGCUUUUACUCGCAAGCUUUUUCCUGCUUUUCGUAACCACCCUCGGGCCAGUUGCAGCCCAGAGGAUAACCACGAUACAGCUCGAUGGCGUUCAAUACUUUAUAUCGCGGAUGAAUCCGUACAGCCCCGAGCUCAACUAUUUCCUCGCUUAUCAGUAUUGCAGAUCAUUAGGCUUACAACUAGCAUCUUUUGAAACAAAAGAGAAGGCUGAUUCGAUAACAACGUAUUUAACAAAUGCAGGCUAUAACAAGUAUGAUUUCUGGACGUCGGGUAACAAUCUCGGUACUGACAUGUACUUGUGGAUGAGCACGGGGCUGCCUUUCAAUGCAACGUUCAAUUACAUGCGACGCAUGACGAUGGACGCCCCAAGCCAGCAUGCUGACGAUAGCAUGGAUCCUCUGGACGUACCCCAAGGCAGCACUGCUCCCCAACGCACAGCGAGGCAUGGUCUGUUUUCCAGAACUGAACACGUGAUGACGAAUGGGUGUGUGGCGUUGAAGGCGCCAUCUUUCCAUUGGGAGCCACAACACUGUGGAGAAAUAAAAGACUUCAUCUGUGAACAAACGCGUUGCUACUACUACAACUACGGCUCUAUUCCCGUCUCCUCUGCGCAGGGGAAGCCGCUAUCGAUGACGACCACGACGACAGCACACCCACUCACGUCGUCGUCGCCACCGCCACCGCGCUCCGAGCACCUUCCAACGCACUUUACUCUCAACGAUCUUAUCGGCAAGAUGCGCCCGUCAUCCCUUGAUGGUCUUCAAUCUCCACAUCUUAAGACCAGCGCAUUGCUCAAGUCACCACCUCAAAUUGACUCCCACUACUCACGAGCGGCCGACGCUCACGCCAAGGAGCCAGAACAGGAACAAAAAGAGGAACCUACUCAGGGGCCUUAUGAGGCUGAUGAGGGUAUGGCGGGUGACGACCCUGCGGCAUACUUAUCCCAAGAGGCUCGUGAUGCUCCUGCUGCCGAAGACGCACCCUCCACCGCCGAGCCGGACGCCACCGAGCACUCCGUCCACGCUAGCGGCAUGCUGGCACCCCCCGCCUAU